AUGAUCAGCUCUGCAGUGCGCGAUGAGUCGAACGGAUCAUCAGCAGCGUUCCCCAUCUUCAAAACCUCGCAGCUCGACUACGCCUCUCUGAUCACCCAUCUGUCCUCGCCACCACACUUUCCCAUCUCACACGCCUUUCGCAAUCAGCUCGUAGCUCACUACGAGACUGCUGAUCGGCAUGAGCAAGAUGCGGUCGCUGAUGCGGACCCUUGGCAGACGCUUCUGGACUCGUUUCCUCGAUGCACAAUCUGCGCUGCGGGGGAUGUGCCCCUGGAGGUCAGAUCAGAUCGAGCCAAAGAAGAGGACCACAGCGAUGCUUCCUCUGCUCCAGGCGUUUGGGGUAUCAUCUUCACCUACUUUCGACCUACCUUCCAAAGCUUGAGCACGCACAUUUGGAUCUCGACCGAAGCUGCACUGUACGAGACGAAUCAAGACACUUUUGAAGCUAGACCUUCGGCGAUGCGGCCACAAGUAGUGCGAGACUCGGCUCCUCUGGUCAAGUUCCUGCUACUGGACCUGCAACGAGAAGCAGUGGAGAAGCUGCAAGCGUUGCGGGGUGAUCAGGGCCGGAGGGUCACGCUAGGCGCUGUGGAGCAAGAGUGGGCGAAUCUGCUUUGCUCUUGGCUGGGUCAGGUGGAUGUCGAGACACUCGCGUUGCGCGCUGCGAACAAGACCCAGGACAAUGCCGAGGCUAUCAGGUCGGUGCCUGAGCCUGCAUCCAGAAUUUCUCCCACCUUUGCGAGCGGGUGGAACAUUUCAUGGGCAAAUCCGUGCGCCUCUGUGCAUCUUCCUGUCAAGCCGGAUGCCGAGCUGCUGGCUGCAGGGCAAGGAGCAGAGGAAGGCGAAGGAGGCAAGGUGAUUCAGAGAGGUCGAUGGUCGGUGCGCAGCCUCAUUUCUGACAAAGAGACCAAGUUGGUGCAAAAGAGCAACAAAUUGCCAUUCUCGCUCGAUUAUGUAGAGAGCAGGAAGCACCUCUCCAUCAUCAUUCGCGAUGCCUUAGAGGAUGCGAACCCUUCCGACGAUCUCACAGGGGUGAACCUCGAAUCCUAUCCUACAGAUCGACGAAAGGGCAAUGCGGCCGGAUGGGUGUACGCGCACGACCAGCUCUCCCUUGGAAGUCUUCACGUCACUUCUCCCUAUAGACGUCUGCGCAGCGCAGAUGCAUCUCUCGCCGAAUCCGAGAGCAGCGUAGGUCGUCUGCUGGUUCAUGCCAUGGGUCUAAAGCUUCACAGGGCCAUCAUGCACGCUCUGGCCAGGAGCGGUGCGCUGCAACGCCUCGAAGAAAAAGCGCACGUGAAAAAUGCAAAGGGUCCAUACGACGACUUUGCUCCUACGGUCGGUGAUACCGAGUUGACUGCGGGCGCACUCGGCUUUUUUGAGCGCUGCGGUUUCAAACACUUUAGGAAUCCUGUCUGGCUCGGACUGGAGAUGUCGGCAGAGGGGGCACCACCGUAG